AGAUGCUUUUCGUUAAAUUGCCCCGUUCGGCAUUUUAUAAUUUUGUGCGACACGAGUUUCGGUGUGAACACAGCUCAAUAUGGGUGCAUAAACGAAUAGCUGAAAAGCAAGUGUUAUAUAAAAUAAAAACAGUCAUGCAGGAUCCUAGCGCUGAUACAGAAUGGAACGAUGCCCUGCGUCGUCAUGGAAUCCUCCCUGAAAAGAAGAAGGAGGCUGAAAUUACUGAAGAUGAUCUUAUAAAAAUGAUUGAUAAUACAAUUAAAGAAAAAACACAAGAUAAAGAUUUAAAGGAUUUAUCUUUGGAUGAAUUAAAUGAAAAAGAAGAUGAAGAUUGGGAUGAUGACAGGUUGCUCGAACAAAUCAGAAAACAAAGAAUGGCGGAAAUGUAUGAGCAACAAAAGAAAGCCAAAUAUGGCGACGUUCGAGAAAUUUCUGCAGUCGACUAUGUGGAUCAGGUAAACAAAGCAGGAGAUGGAGUCUGGGUAGUGUUACAUUUAUAUAAAUCAGGCAUUCCACUAUGUGAAUUGUUGAAUAGUCAUAUAGAACAUCUUGCAAAAAAAUUCCCAGCCACAAAGUUUCUAAAAAGCGUGUCGACGACAUGUAUUCCCAACUUUCCCGACAAAAACUUACCGACGAUAUUUAUAUAUUGCGAAGGCGAUAUGAAGGCGCAGAUAGCUGGUCCCUUAUCCUUCGGUGGUAUGGGUCUUACAAAAGAUGAUUUAGAAUGGAUGUUAUCGAAACAUGGUUGUGUGAAAACAACUUUAAAAGCCGACCCACGUGGGACACAUGUCGAUAGUUCUUCAGGUUUUACCAUGUUGUCUCGAUCAUCUCGGACAAGAAAGGACACUGAGUCGGAUGACGAUGAUUAUUGAUAUUUUUAACUGUUUUUUAGAUAUAUGCAAUAUUUUUUAUGUUUUAUAUAAUCGUCUUCUAUUCACACGUUUUUUUAGGAUACGAUGAAUUUAAGGGUUUAAGCAUACACAAAACACAUGUUACCCAUUU